CCUGGCUGCGAGCGGCGCUGACUGACAGCCCAGUGCCCGGAGCAGGGAGCCCGAGUCGUGGCCGUGGCCGCCGCCUGCUGUCCCUUCUCUCCCUCUGACCCCCGGUCCCGGCCCCUUCCUCGGUCCCUUCCUGUCAGGGCCAUGGCUGCGAGGCCGCUUCGGCGGGGCCGGGUGCCGCGGGUGGGGCGGCGGCACUGAGUGGCGGCCGGGCGGGCGGAGGGGAGGAAAGCCACCCCCGGGAGCCCCGCCGAGCCCCGCCGCCUCCCUCCGGGCCGGACCGGAGCAGGAGCCGGAGCAGGAGUGGCCGUCCCCGCCGUCCGACCCGAAUUACAGAAUCUCAGAAGUUGAAGAGACAUCAGAGGAUAUCUAGGCCAACUCCUACCUGAGCAAGAAUCCAUCCUGUUGUAGACCUGAGAAAUAAUUAUCCAGAUUUUGCUUGAAGAAGUCCAUCAAGAGGGAACCCACUACCUUCCCAGGUGGUGUGGCUAGAAAACCUUUAUGGAAGCCCAAUGGGUAGUAAUGGAAGAUGCUGUUCCAAUAAAUAAGAUCAACAUGGAUUCCUGGUUCUUUCUAAUUUUGCUCAGCAGUGGCCUGACAUGCCUCAGUGCCAGCAAUGCCACAACAGUGUUUGCAGUGUCACCUUCAGUAGGAGUUACCUCAUCCACAAGAUCAGUUAAAGCAUCAACCACAGAGCCUAAUAAAGGGGAAACCAUGAGCUCCAAGGAUCUCAGUCCAAACUCUUCACUGACUUCUCUUUCUACAACACCAACACUCAGUCCACCUGUAAUCCUGGAACCUACUUAUAUAACAACUGUCAACUCAUCAAGCUCUAUUAUCAAUGUGACUACAAGGACAGAGGUGGCAGAGUCUAAUGUGACCUCACCUUCUCCAAAUGCUACUUGGCUUCCUGAUCCUGGGUUUACAGAUGCCAAGACAGAAGCCUGGGACCACAAUUUUAGCACUGCAGUAACAACACCAGACACCUUCACCCCUUCAGGUAAUUCUGACUCGGAGAGAAGAGAUGAGACACCUAUCAUUGCAGUGAUGGUGGCCCUGUCCUCUCUUCUAGUGAUAGUGUUUAUUAUCAUUGUUCUGUACAUGUUAAGGUUCAAGAAGUACAAGCAGGCUGGGAGCCAUUCCAAUUCCUUUCGCUUGUCCAAUGGACGCACUGAUGACAUGGAACCUCAAAGCAUGCCACUUCUGGCCAGGUCUCCAAGCACCAAUAGGAAGUAUCCCCCGCUGCCAGUGGACAAGCUGGAAGAGGAGAUUAACCGACGCAUGGCUGAUGAUAAUAAGCUCUUCCGAGAAGAAUUCAAUGCUCUCCCAGCCUGUCCUAUCCAGGCCACCUGUGAAGCUGCUUCCAAGGAAGAAAACAAGGAGAAAAACAGAUAUGUGAACAUCUUGCCUUAUGACCAUUCCAGGGUACACCUGACACCGGUUGAAGGGGUUCCAGAUUCCGACUACAUCAAUGCCUCAUUCAUUAAUGGCUACCAAGAGAAGAACAAGUUUAUUGCUGCACAAGGACCAAAAGAAGAAACAGUGAAUGAUUUCUGGAGGAUGAUCUGGGAACAAAAUACAGCCACUAUUGUCAUGGUGACCAACUUGAAGGAGAGGAAGGAGUGUAAAUGUGCCCAGUACUGGCCGGACCAGGGCUGCUGGACAUAUGGGAAUAUCCGGGUGUCUGUGGAAGAUGUGACUGUUUUGGUGGAUUACACAGUCCGGAAAUUCUGCAUUCAGCAGGUUGGAGAUGUGACCAACAAAAAGCCCCAGCGCCUUGUCACUCAGUUCCACUUCACUAGUUGGCCAGACUUUGGAGUACCGUUCACCCCCAUUGGAAUGCUCAAGUUCCUGAAGAAGGUGAAGACAUGUAAUCCUCAAUAUUCAGGAGCUAUUGUGGUGCACUGCAGCGCGGGCGUGGGGCGCACAGGCACCUUUGUCGUCAUCGAUGCCAUGCUGGACAUGAUGCAUGCUGAGAGGAAGGUGGAUGUCUAUGGCUUCGUGAGCCGGAUCCGUGCCCAGCGCUGCCAGAUGGUGCAAACCGAUAUGCAAUACGUCUUCAUUUAUCAAGCAUUGCUAGAACACUAUCUCUAUGGAGACACGGAGCUGGAAGUGACGUCUCUGGAAACCCACCUGCAGAAAAUCUACAACAGAAUCCCAGGAAGCAGCAGCAAUGGACUGGAGGAGGAAUUUAAAAAGUUAACAUCAAUCAAAAUCCAGAAUGACAAGAUGAGGACAGGAAACCUGCCUGCCAACAUGAAGAAGAACCGAGUCCUGCAGAUCAUUCCAUAUGAAUUCAACAGAGUCAUCAUCCCUGUCAAGAGGGGCGAGGAGAACACUGACUAUGUGAAUGCUUCCUUCAUUGAUGGCUACAGACAAAAGGACUCUUACAUCGCCAGCCAAGGUCCUCUCAUGCACACCAUUGAAGAUUUCUGGCGCAUGAUCUGGGAGUGGAAAUCGUGUUCUAUUGUAAUGCUGACUGAGCUGGAGGAGAGAGGUCAGGAGAAGUGUGCCCAGUACUGGCCAUCCGACGGCUCCGUGUCCUAUGGGGACAUCACCGUGGAGCUCAAAAAGGAAGAGGAGUGUGAGAGCUACACCGUCCGAGACCUGCUUGUGGCCAACACGAGGGAAAACAAGACCCGGCAGAUUCGACAGUUCCACUUCCACGGCUGGCCCGAGGUGGGGAUCCCCAGUGACGGCAAGGGCAUGAUCAACAUCAUCGCGGCUGUGCAGAAGCAGCAGCAACAGUCGGGGAACCACCCAAUCACAGUCCACUGCAGCGCCGGUGCAGGAAGAACAGGCACGUUCUGUGCUCUGAGCACAGUCCUGGAGAGGGUGAAAGCCGAGGGCAUCUUGGACGUCUUCCAGACAGUGAAGAGCCUAAGGUUACAGAGGCCACACAUGGUCCAGACACUGGAACAGUACGAGUUCUGCUACAAGGUGGUGCAGGAGUACAUCGACGCCUUCUCAGAUUAUGCCAACUUCAAAUGAGAGACGCCGAGGGCCUGUGCACAGAAGAGUUGCCUUCUUUACUAUUUUGUACCAUUCUGUUUGUUAAUACGCCCAGCUCUGUGUAUAUAUCUUACCUGUUUGAGAGGUUGGUACAUAGGCUUCCCAUUAGCUGGAGAUUUUAUAUGUAGCUGUGUUAGCGCUGAUAGUCUUUUUUCCAAUGUUUGAUUGGGGAAUUAAAUAGCGUGCUGUUUGGAUUCAUAUCGGGACACCCUUUGCUGGAGAGUGGGCCCAGCUGGUGUUUGUUUUGUAAAUCUUUUCCUGAGGAAGAAAAGCCUUUUUAACAAUACUCAUUCCAAGCAAAUCCAUACAAGAUGAAGCACAAAAUUCUUAUUUCACAUGGAAAAUGGUUGCACAUUUUCCCCUCCAAGGCCCCUCCCACACAUCCUGACUCACCCUUGCCAUUGUAAAUACCCCCCUUUUGUACCAGAGAAAACUCUCCCCUGGGGAAUGAAGGGACCAGGACUGCAGCCCAAGGGUCCUUGCUGCCGUCCCACCAGGGCCCAUUAGGUAAUAAAAAGGCUUUGUCUUCCUGCAGA